AUCUUAAGGCUGUCACUCUGCUCCCGCAAGCUCCACAAGUGGCACUGUACUUCCAGCAUUAUAUACUGAUGAAAUACUCAAUAUCCCAUUUUCCAGUCCGCUCAGCACAUGUGCAUCGGUUGAUCGGUCUUUGUAGCGCCAGCGCGCGUUUCCAUCCGGCCAGCUUAGCUAGCAUCCGUGCAAUCGGUUGAUCGAUCUAGUUGAUCUUGUGACUAGAAGAGCUAGAGGGGUUGGAGAUAUUCAUCGUUCGGCGAUGGCCGUGUUUGGUGGUGGGGCCGAUGAUGAGGCGCUCAGGGUGGCGAUGUUGGCGUCGGCCGGCGGUGGCGAGGAGGACGACCUGGAGGAGAUCCGUAGCGUGCCGACGUUCCUGCGGCGCGCGGCGGAGGAGAACCGGAGGCUGUGGCUCCUAGCGGGGCCUGCCAUCUUCACGUCGCUGGCGCAGUACUCGCUGGGCGGCGUGACGCAGGUCCUCGCCGGCCACCUCACCACGCUGGAGCUGGACGCCGUGUCCACCGAGAACUCCGUGAUCGCCGGCCUGGCCUUCGGGAUCAUGUACGGCAUGGGGAGCGCGCUGGAGACACUGUGCGGGCAGGCCUACGGCGCCAAGAAGCCCGGCCUGCUGGGCGUGUACCUGCAGCGGUCGUGGAUCCUUCUGACCGCCAUGUCCGUCCUCAUGUUGCCGCUGUACCUCUUCGCCACGCCGAUCCUGCGCUUCUUCCACCAGGACGAGGAGAUCGCCGUCCUAGCGGGGCGGUUCUCGCUGUACAUGAUCCCGCAGCUGUUCGCGUACGCGCUCAACUUCCCCAUCCAGAAGUUCCUGCAGGCGCAGAGCAAGGUGAUGGCCAUGGCGGCGGUGUCGGCCGCGGCGCUGGCGUUCCACGUGGCGCUCAGCUGGUUCCUGGUAGUGCCGAUGCAGAUGGGGCUCGUCGGCCUCGCGGUGGCCCUCAACGCGUCGUGGUGGCUCGUCGUGGUGGGGCAGCUCGCCUACAUCGUGAUGGGCUACUGUCCCGGUGCCUGGAACGGCUUCGAGCUGGACUCCCUCGCCUGGACCGAGCUCGUCAGCUUCGCCCGCCUCUCGCUCGGCUCAGCCAUCAUGCUCUGCCUGGAGUACUGGUUCUACAUGUUCAUCAUAGUUAUCGUGGGCAACCUACCGAAUGCCCAGGUCGCCGUCGCCGCGGUCUCCAUCUGCACAAACCUUUUCGGGUGGCAGAUCAUGGUGUUCUUGGGAUUCAACGCGGCAAUCAGCGUGCGGGUGUCGAACGAGCUGGGCGCGGGGCGGCCGCGCGCGGCCAGGUUCGCGAUCGCGGUGGUGCUCAUGUCCUCCGUCGCCAUCGGGGUGGCCUUCUUCGUCGCCGUCCUGCUCCUCCGCGACGUCUACGGGUCGCCCUUCACCGAGAGCCCCGAGGUGGUGGACGCCGUGGCCAGCCUGGGUGUGGUGUUCGCCUUCUCGCUCCUCCUCAACAGCGUCCAGCCCGUGCUGUCCGGCGUGGCCGUCGGCGCCGGGUGGCAGUGGCUGGUGGCCUACGUCAACCUCGGGUGCUACUACGGGGUGGGCGUCCCGGUGGGGUACGCCAUGGCCUUCCCGCUGCAGCUCGGCGUCCAGGGAAUGUGGAGCGGCAUGCUCACCGGCGUAGGCCUUCAGACCGUGAUCCUGGUGGCGAUCACCAUGCGCACCAACUGGAACAAGGAGGCAAGCGAGGCGACCUCCAGGAUACGGCGGUGGGGUGGAUCGCCCAACUUCUCGGACGGCAUCUAGUACGUCUAGGAUCUACCACUGCUAGAUGCCUCUUGGUUGCAGGACCAGAUUUCUCAGGCCAGCAGUUUUUGAGUUUUUCUUCUCGAGGGCACGCGUGACGGAGAAGCAGAGGAGGCUGCGUCAGGGCCCGGUUGACACGCUAAGUCGAAGCAAGCGCGCGUGUUCGGCGUGAUUGAGAUUGGUGCAUGGUUUGAAUUUAAAAAAAAAUCCACAGUAUUUUCUUUGGAAGCUCGGUGUGGUUUGCUGUUAGCUAAGUUUGUUCUGGCAUGCACGAUGCCCGUGUUGUAUGUAUAAGCCGAAAAUCACAUCAACCCAAAUUUGUUUAA